AUGGGUCCCUUACCACCGGAUCCGUACAAAGCCCUCGGCGUCAAGGAGGACGCCGACCUCAAGGAGAUCAAGACCGUCUACCGCAAGCUUGUGCUCACCUGUCACCCGGACAAGUUCCCCAACCUCUCCAAGGAGGACAAGGCCGUCAAGGAGGACGAGUUCCAGCGCGUGCAACAAGCCUGGGAGAUCCUCAGCGACGAUAACAAACGGAAAGAGUACGACGAUGAGAAGAAGAUAAAGAAGCUCCGCGACGAGGCCUACAAGAGCAGUCCCCAUCCGUCGGCCACGAGGCCGGCGCCCAAGAACUACUACGAAUACAACGUCAACGUCAGGACGACCGAGCCCCCGCCGGCUUUCAAGCCUGGCCCACCUCCCGGCGCCUCGCCGUAUUCGCCCUACCAGCACAGCAGCCCGCAGUUCUCGUCGUCAUGGGACCGAGACAUCCCGACGCGGUCAAAACCUGUCUACGAGGAGGACCGCAAGGCGCGCCGCACGGCUAGUUACGAGAAGCCGUCGAGGCGGGAGGAGGACCGGCGGAGAGCCGCGGAAGAGGAGCGCGAGCGGGAACGGGAGCGCGACAAGCGGCGGGCCGAGCGCGACGCGCGCGAGGCGGCCCGCGAGGUGCAGAAGGAGAAGGAGAAGCGCGAGAGGCGUGAGAAGGCCCUGGAGCUCGAGGCGCGCGAGAUGCGCGAGAGGGAAAAGCGCGCCGAGGCGAAGCGCAUCAAGAAGGAGGCCGAGAGGGCGCGGGAGAAGGAGCGCGACAAGCAGCGCCGGGUAGACACGCAGGAGAAGUACCGGAGCACCAGGAAGCCGUAUCUCGAGCACCACUCCGAGUCGGACGAAGAGGUGCGGGCUUUCAUGAAGAAGUCGUCGUCGUCGAGCAGCAAGAAGCACUCGGACACGCCGACGCGCGAGAAGUCGUCGCGCAAGGCGUCGCGCCAGAUCGAGGUGCAGCCCUUGGAGGAGAAGAUCGAGGCCACCAUGGGGUACGCGGCAGACUACAUGAUGGCUGCGAGGAGGAAAGGCAGCAAGUCUGCCCCUGCGCCGUACGCCGAGGUCUCCUCCUUCAGCCCUCAGUUCCCGAACCCGGACAAUAUCGCCUUCAAGCGGGCCGCGACCGACCCGCCUCGGAGCCGACGGGCCUCGCAGGACGAGAAGAAGUUCACGGCCACGGUCGAGGAGGAGUCGGAGUCGGACGACGACCCGCGGGGCGCCACCUCGCGAUCCUUCCGCGCGCCGCCGCUGACCAAGGCCCAGACCAUGGCCGUGCCCAAGCCGUCGUCGUCGUCGUCGCCGCGCGGCCCGCCCACGCUCAGCCGCGCACAGACCAUGCCCACGGAGCGCCUCUCGCCGCCCGAGGUGCCCGCGCCGCCCGUGCCCGAGUCCUCAUCCCGCCACUACUCAAAGCACGUGUCGUCGUCGUCGUCGUCGCGGCCGCGGCGCGACAGCUACGACUACGACGUCGUGCGGCCCGAGGGCCCGCGGCGCGGCGGCUCGUCGUCGCACGGAAAGGUCUACACGAUCGACCAGGACGAGUACGGGCGGCGGCGGGCCGGGUCGGCGCGGUACGUGCCCGUCGAGGAGAUGGCGUACUACACGCCCUCGCGGUCGUCGGCCGCGCACCACCACAUCCCCGGCGCCGGGUUCGACAAGGUCAAGAUGACGCCCGCCUACGACCACGUGUACCAGGGCAAGUACUACACGCAGGACGACGUUAUCCAGAGCAAGUACAGCAGCGCGUAUGCUUACUAG